UCCGACCGUCGAGGUCUCCAUGAUCGCUAGGACAUCAGGUGUCGUUGGUGCGUUGUCGUGGCAGGUUGAGGGGGUUGAGUGUGUGCGGGGAGUGAUGUCAGAGCGUUCAUGCGAGGGGGUGUGUGUAGACGUGAGCGGUUGAGGGGCGGGGGUUUGUGUGUGGUGAGAUGGUGGUGAGAAGGUGUGGGUAUGUGAACUCGACGUACAGUCUCUCGAUGAGCAGGCUAUCUCAAGGAAUUUGUCUGGUGUGCUGGCUGAUGGGCUAUGUUUCCCACCCGCCCUUCUUGUCUUUCUUCUUAGGCGUUGUAGGUGAUGUGUACAUGUUCUGCGAUCUAACAGAUACGCUUUCCAUUAUGAUCAUAGAGUCUAUGAUCUCGAUGAUGAAAUCGGUGUCGAAAACUGGUGAUACUCUCACACAGACUCGCACUGAAAAAAAAACCCAUAUCUCCAGGGCAGUCUGCCAUAGUUGAAUACUGUAUCUCCCACUUUCCCCCUUCACACUCCUUCGCUAUUG